GCUUUAUAAAAAAAAGAAAGGAGAAAAGCUGUAAAACAGAAGACCUGAAGCCGUAAAUUCAAUUCGCCGGGUGCAAAACGGGAUAAACAAGACGAAAUGAGUACAAAAUGUGUUUAUAUUCAAUAGCAAAUCAACUGCUACUUUAAGCUUUUUUAUUGUGACGGGUUUGUUUUUUAACCCGGAAGAAAAACUGCAGUUCCAGUUCAAGGAGUUCGAGGAGUAAAGGUGAUGUUGAAGGUCACCUUUAGGAACCUUUGGAACACACCUGUAUCAGGACUAAGAAGUAUGUCACAGAGCAGCCUUGCAGGGAAAGUAGCCAUUGUCACAGCCUCGACGGCCGGUAUCGGCCUGGCCGCGGCCAAAGCCUUGGGCAAGAGGGGGGCGCACGUGGUGGUGAGCAGCAGGCGCCAAGCCGGUGUCGAAAAGGCAGUUGCCCUGCUGCAGAGCCAGAACAUCCAGGUCACCGGCACCACCUGCAACGUCGGGAAUGAAGGCGACCGGGAACGACUACUUCAGACGACUCUGGAUCAGUAUGGAGGCGUCGACAUCCUGGUGUCCAAUGCAGCAGUGAACCCUUUUUUCGGAAACCUCAUGGACACAACUGAAGAGGUUUGGGACAAGAUUAUGUCCGUGAAUGUGAAAGCGGCCUUCCUCUUGACCAAACUGGUGGUGCCUCACAUGGUAAAAAGGGGGGGCGGGAAUGUUGUUUUCGUGUCGUCCGUGGCUGCCUACCAACCAAUGCAGGGUUUGGGUGCGUACAGCGUGAGCAAGACCGCCUUGGUGAGCUUAACCCGGGCGCUGGCCCCAGAGCUGGCUCAGAGCAACAUCAGGGUGAACUGCGUAGCCCCUGGCAUCAUUAAAACCCACUUCAGCGCCCCGUUGUGGCAAAAUGACGACAUCAUGGACACCUUCAAAAAUCAGAUGUGUAUUAAAAGAGUUGGCGAGGCGGAUGAAAUCGGUGGAACGGUCGCAUUCCUGUGCUCGGACGAGGCAUCGUACAUUACGGGAGAAACCGUCGCGGUUACGGGCGGAAUCGGCUGUCGACUGUGAUCUUUGUGUGAUCUAUUCUGUCAAUGAAUAAAACUUGAUUUUGUGUUAUUCAACUA